GGGGCGCGAGGCGGCGCGCGGCGGUGCGGCAGGAGGGCGCGCGGACAAUACCGGGGCGGCGGAGCGGCCCGGACCGAUCCCGUUCGGAACCCGCUCGGCUCGGCCCGGAACCGCUCGGUUCCAUUCGUCCGCGAUCGGCUCGGCCCGGAACCGCUCGACCCCGCUCGGCUCGGCCCCGCCCCGUCUCCAUCCCGCUCGGCUCGGCCUCGCUCGGCGCGGCCCGGCCCGGCACCAUGCUGGCGCUCUUCAACAAACUGCUGGACUGGUUCCGGGCGCUGUUCUGGAAGGAGGAGAUGGAGCUGACCCUGGUGGGGCUGCAGUAUUCGGGCAAGACCACCUUCGUCAACGUGAUCGCGUCAGGACAGUUCAAUGAGGACAUGAUCCCAACCGUGGGCUUUAACAUGAGGAAGAUCACCAAGGGCAAUGUCACCAUCAAGCUCUGGGACAUUGGUGGCCAGCCGCGGUUCCGUAGCAUGUGGGAGCGGUACUGCCGUGGAGUCAGUGCCAUCGUGUACAUGGUGGAUGCUGCUGACCAGGAGAAGAUAGAAGCCUCCAAGAAUGAGCUACACAACCUGCUUGACAAGCCCCAGCUCCAGGGCAUCCCGGUCCUGGUGCUGGGGAACAAGCGAGACCUCCCUGGUGCCUUGGAUGAGAAGGAGCUCAUUGAGAAGAUGAACCUCUCUGCCAUCCAGGACCGUGAGAUUUGUUGCUACUCCAUCUCCUGCAAAGAAAAGGACAAUAUUGACAUCACCCUACAGUGGCUUAUCCAACACUCAAAGUCGAGGAGAAGCUGAGAUCCUGCAGAGCACGGCUCAGAUUGGGAAGAUGCCAUUGUACAAGCCCCUGCCCCUCCUCUCACCUGCUCUGUCCCUCAAGAUCUCUCUAGUUGGGUAUUUUUAGGGGACCCCAGACUCCGCUCUUGUUGAGGUGGAGCCCUUGUUUUUAUUGUAAAGAAAAUGUCCAACUCUGCCCUCCUCUCCUCCCUCUCUCUGUCUCUCCCUCCUCUUUUGGCACUAUUCUGUUGUUGUCUGUGUAUACAGUAUAUAUAUAUAUGUAUAUAUAUUUUAAUUUUUUAAGUUAAGCAACAGUGCUGAACUGAAUGGGCCCUGUGAGCAGUAGGAAAGCUGAGGGUGCCCUGAGGCUGCCUGAGGGAGAUGAGGGUGUCAGAAGGGAGCUCCCUGGGGACAGGGCCGUGCCAGGCUCUGGGCAUGUCCCUUGGGACUCACUCACCUCACUCACCUCCUCCCAGGGUCCUCCCUGAGCCCUGGGCUUGGGGUGUCAGGACUCUGCCUGCCUUGUCCUCCUGAGCCUUCAGUCCCAUGGGGCUGGGAUUGGGGUGAGGCAAUGCCUCCUCCUGGGCUCCUCCCUGCUUUGGGAUCUGUCACCCCCUGCCUCUGGCUGCUCUGCCACUGCCCCAACCACCCCCUCCUCCUCUUCGUCCUUCUCCUGCCCUGCUCCUGUCCCUGCUGUGCUGGGGUGGCCAUGCAGGGGCUGGUGCCAGCACGGGGAGGGGGUCCCAGUGAGCCCAGUGUCCCCACAGGGAGGUGGCUCAUGUCCCUUCCCUGCUGCAGCUGCCCCCAGAGGUAGCAAAAGGGCUGGGGGCUGCUGGCUCAGCCCUGGCCAAGGACAUGGUGCAGGGACCCUGGGGAGGGGGAGCACACAUGGGGACACCCAGGGACAUCCCAGAGAUACACGUGGGGUCAGAGAGUCCCUGCACACCCAGUCCCCUGCCUGCCAGUGCUGGGCAGUGUUCCAGAACCUUCCCAGCUCCCCGUGCCCUGCUCCCCACAGCACCCCCAGCUCUGCUGCCUGGGGGCUGGGGAGGGGACAGUUGGGUCCUGAUCAGCAGGAGGAAAUUCUGGGGGGAGGCUUUUCCCCAUCUGCAUCGUCUGAUGAGUUGCUGGGGCUCUGGAGGUGCAAGCAGGGGGCCUGGACAGUGGGGUUGGAGCCAGUUUAGGAGGCUUAGUGGGCUGGGGGGGACAAACUGGUACCUGGAGGGGUCAGGUCAGAGGCAGAGCAGAGGGAAGCAGCUGCCUGUAUCCAGCUGAGGGCUGGGGCAGGGGGUGGGGGGGGGCUGGGGGGUCCUUGUUGCUGGGGAUUUCUCUUCUGUUCUCAUUUUUUGCGGAGUUGCACAGAGAGGUUUCCUUUUUUUUUUUUUUUUUAUUAUAAUGAUUUAUAAAGUGUUGUCACCCCCCCCUUGUACCCUUUUUUUUUUUUUAAGACAUAUUUUGGCUCAGAUUUGACCUCUGUUGGGAAAUGAUUCUUGUAACUGUACUCUUUUUUUUUUUUGCCUCCUAAUAAUAAUAAAUUAACAAUUU